AUGUGUUCUUGUUCAGCGAAAUGGUCGAUAUGGUGUGUUUUAGUGAUUUUCCUAUACCUAGAAGUAAGUUCACUUGAGUUCAGGUACCACAAGAAUUCAGAGCUCGAAGGAGUUUUGAAGAAUUUAUCAAGAAGGGCCCAUAGCAGGAUAAGAACAAAUUUGUACAAUAUUGGAAAUUGUUCCAACUCAGGUCAGCUCAUUUGGGUACUGGAAAUAACAGCAUCAGAAAUAGGAAAAGUUGGAGUGCCAAAUGUUAAGUUGAUUGGAAACAUGCAUGGAAAUGAAGCAGGAGCUAGAGUAGUUCUGCUUCAGUAUUCAGAGUUUCUCAUCGAAUCUUAUGGCAAAAACGAAACAGUUACCUGGCUGCUCAACAACACGAAAAUCCACAUACUACCCAGCCUGAACCCUGAUGGGUUCGAAAGGGCAGGUAACGCAUGCGAAUCAACUUUGGGAAGAGAUGUGGCUUUCGGUGGUGCACAAAUCGACUUGAAUAGGAAUUUUCCGGAUUGCUUCAAUGCCGAUGUGAAACUCGAACAGCAAGUUCAAACGGGCGGUAGAAAAUACCCGAAUUGUAGGAAUGUUUAUGGAGUGAUGACAGACAGUAUGACACGAGAGGCUGCAGCCAUUGUCAACUGGAUGGAGGAUAAAAAGUUCGUUUUGUCUGCAGCCUUACAUGGGGGACAGUUAGUUGCGAAUUAUCCAUUCGAUUCCAUGUAUUACAGAAAUGAAAGAACUAAUGAAUCUCUCACGCCGGACGACGAUGUUUUCAAACAUUUAGCGAGAACCUACUCAAACAACCACCCACUCAUGCAUUUAGGCAGAAAAUGUAAAGAUAGCAGCAUAUCUUUCAAAGGUGGCAUCACGAAUGGAGCAAAAUGGUAUUCAUUCAACGGUGGAAUGGGGGACUAUAACUAUGCUUUCCAAGGUUGCAUGGAGUUGACAGUGGAGAUUUCUUGUUGCAAGUACCCUACGACUGAGCUCGAUGUUUUGUGGUUACAGAAUAAAGAGUCUUUGUUGCACUUCUGUAUGCAAGCUAAUAGAGGAGUAACCGGCCAAAUUUUGGAUCUGCACACCGGGAAACCUAUCGAAGACGCUAUCCUUAACAUCGUCGGCAGAAAGAUGAAAUUCCAGACUUCCAAAAAGACCGCUGAAUUCUGGAGGAUUCUACUUCCAGGAACUUACGAACUCCAGAUAAGAGCAGAAGGGUACUAUCCAGAGAAAAUAAAGUUCAACGUUUCGUCAAACGGUUCGGGCUAUCACCAGCUCACUUUUCUGAAAAUUCAUCUCGUGAAUUUAUCUAUUUCUACCACGAGUACUACUACUGAGAGUGAAUUCCGAGAACAAAUAAUGCCUAGAUUAAUUUCACGUGCAAGAUUUUCGGAAAAUGAUGAUGAGCCCAUCAUCCCAUUGGAGUCGAGAAGUUCAUCUUAUACUAUUAACGGCCAGCAAAAUAAUAAUGUGGGCCUAGUUUGUCUGAUGAUCAUCAGUAUUAUAAAUAUAGUUUUUCCAAUUUUGCCUUCAGAGCGCAAUAUUUCUACAUUGUUUUCCUGA